AACGGUUUGUCAACCUUCACCCGCCCUACCGUUUAAGCUUUUAGACAGUGUUGGAAUUGGAUAUGCCCCCAGCCUCAUAUCUUCGGCAUCACUCAAAUUCUCAAUUAAAGAUAACAACUGAGAUUCGGCCUUACAAUUUACAAAUGUCCAUAGAGAACCUCUGAAUUCUUUCCUGAAUCAUCACCCCUCUUCCGUGGACCAUUUUUCUCUUUCUAUCUCCCCUUGGCCCCCAAAAACAAAAAAACAAAAAAAAUGAUUCCUUGCAUUUCCCACAUGUCUUGCCUUUAACAUAUUCCUUUCCCGUGCAAGGCAUGAACAGAUGGAUUCCAUUCACAGGUUCUCCAUAUCCAUAAUCCACUUCCUUAAAAACAAAAGCAUAUAUUGGUUUUUUCUCUAACUUUACAGCUCCAUGCCUCCAUGGCUCGGGAGUCACAGGCACCUCGUGUCACACAGAUACAGGUCCGAGUGGACUGCAACGGGUGCGUGCAGAAGAUCAAAAAAGCACUAAAUGGAAUUCAUGGUAUACAUGAUCUUCGUGUUGACUUACUUCGACAAAAGCUCACAAUUAUUGGGUGGGCAGAUCCAGAACAAGUUGUCAAAGCAAUUAAGAAGACAAAGAAGAAUGCCAUCAUUUGCUCUAGUUUUGAACUACCGUCUCCAUCUAAACCAACUGAACCAGAACCAAAAGGAAAUGCAAAUGCACCAGCUCCUGAUGCAACACAACCACCACCAACGCAAGCUCCACCGCCUCAACAGCCACCACCUGAAGCAACAACAUCACACAUACCUACAUGGCACAACACAACCCGACAGUGGCAGAACAACACAGGAACAGAAGAAUUAGAGCAGGUUCAUGUGACACCCCAUCAUCUGCCUAACUACGUUAACAGAUUCAGUUCUGGCCACAAACAUGUUGAACACUGGUACAGAUACCAUAAUGGUCCUAUAUUUCUAAAAGAGCCAUCCCGACCCAUGUAUGUGACACACAGCUAUAACACACACGUGCCUUCGUCAUACGUCACUGAAUAUGAAUAUGUCAGAUCACCUUCCAGAUACACACAUUACAAUUGUAUAGAACACUACAGUGGAGAUUACCAGAACAACAAUGUAAACAUCGCAUCCAUGUUCAGCGAUGACAAUCCGAAUGCAUGUUGCAUUGUCUAGUAGUAGUUAGGGUGUCAUGAGCUGUUUAUGAAAAGUACAGAGAAAGUCUCUUAUGCUCUCAUAUGUCUUGAUAAGUGAGUUGUCGAAGACGAUUCGUAAAACAAUAUAAUACUUUAGUUUGCAUGUGAUCUGAGAAUGGAGAUAAUAUUCCUAA